AUCAGAAUUGGUUGAAAAAAACUAUUAAACCAAUAAUAACAUCACCUCUUCAAUUGCCUCUUUGUGACUUCCAAAUGGUAGCCUCACCAAGAAAGAAAUGAGUGUUUGUUGUUUGCAAAUUACAACCUCAUUGAACUUGUGCGUGUCUGAGAAAGCAUAGGGAACUUGAUGAUGAUGACUAUGGGUUCUCUGGCUCGACCAAACUCCCUCUUUUUCCGAACCAGUGGAAGGGCAUUUACCCAUAAAGUAGGGAGCAACAAGGUUGUGUCUUUUCAGAAGUUUACAUGGAAUGGUUCAUUUCCCUCUGAGAAGCUUGAAGUUGAAGCAAGACAGAAGAACAAAGAAGCACCUGUUGUUGUAGUCACCGGAGCCUCCAGAGGCAUUGGCCGUGCCAUUGCACUUUCCUUAGGUAAAGCCGCUUGCAAGGUUUUGGUCAACUAUACCAAGUCAUCCACGCAAGCCGAGGAGGUUUCCAACUUGAUUGAGGCAUUUGGUGGACAAGCUCUUACCUUCGCUGGAGAUGUUUCAAAUGAGGCUGAUGUGGAGUCUAUGAUUAAAACUGCAGUUGAUGCAUGGGGAACUGUUGAUGUAUUAGUGAAUAAUGCAGGAAUUACACGAGAUGGGUUGUUGAUGAGAAUGAAGAAAUCCCAGUGGCAGGACGUUAUUGAUCUGAAUCUUACUGGUGUUUUUCUCUGCAUUCAGGCAGCAGCAAAGAUUAUGACUAUGAAAAAGAAGGGAAGAAUAGUUAACAUUACAUCCGUUAUUGGUCAGGUUGGUAAUGUUGGACAAGCCAACUAUAGUGCUGCAAAGGCAGGGGUAAUUGGCCUCACAAAAAGUGCUGCAAGGGAAUAUGCUAGCAGAAACAUCACUGUUAAUGCAGUAGCCCCUGGAUUUAUUGCAUCUGAUAUGACUGCCAUGCUACGACCAGACAUGGAGAAAAAAAGAUUAGAGUUAAUCCCCUUAGGAAGAUUUGGUCAACCAGAAGAAGUUGCUGGACUUGUGGAAUUCUUGGCUCUUAAUCCUUCUGCUAAUUACAUCACUGGACAGGUGUUCACCAUUGAUGGAGGUAUGGCAAUGUAAGUCUCAGGAACCUGUUUCCGAAUAUAGCAAUUUGAACUUCUUUACAUCACAGUUCAUCGCAGGCCACAGAAUUUCAACUUCUGUCGUAUGGGGAUAGUUUGUCCUAUAAUGUUCUAUGUUCUAUGCCUAAGCUACCUGGUGACUUGUGGUAGAAGUUCAGUUUAGUUUUCUCACAGGUUGCUUCUUCAGAUGAAUUUAGCAUAUCGCUGGUGACUCUUAUGGUCACAUUACAUUUUACAUUUCAUGCAAUUUAUCAUUUUGGUCAUUACCUUUCCUUAAGGACUAGACGCUUGAAUAAUGGAUUUCUGUAUUUUGUUUUUCUCCCAUGGGAGAGGGUGUUUGGUGUUGUCUUUUC